ACUUUCAAUGUGAACACAUCAGCACCCCCUCCCUUUAGCACUAAGCUUCAAGACCUCUAAUGGGAUUUCUCAAGUCAGGUGAUAAUUGGAAACCUUUCAUCCCAAGAACCUUAUCUAAAAGGGAGCAGAGAAAGGAGCAAGAAGGAUACUAAAAAAACUACAGCAAGUGAAAAUAAAUAUUCCAGGAAUGGUACAAGGCUACGUCCAUAAAAAGAAAGCUUGAACAAGAACAGAAAGUGAACACAGAAGUAUUUUGUACAUAUAGAAAAGCGGCGCCAUCCAACAAGUCUAACAAGGAAAAAAGUUAUAGCAGUACUGGAGAGCUGGAGAUCUGAAUUUUAAUACAUGGAAACUUAAUAUAGCACAAUUUUUUUCAGAAGAGUAAUAAAAUAAAAAAACAGAACAAGGGAUCAUCAAAUACCUGGAAAAAAAACAACAACUUUAGUACAUUUCUCGCAAAGUGGAAGACAAGGAAGCACAGACACCCAUAGCAUAGAGCUGGAGGAAACUGGGGUGCUUGAUACAGAAGGUGGAGACACAGAGAUGGGAAGUGGUGCAAGUGCAGAAGACAAAGAGCUAGCAAAGAGAUCAAAGGAGCUUGAGAAAAAAUUACAGGAAGAUGCUGCCAUGGAUGCCAAGACGGUGAAACUCUUACUACUUGGUGCUGGGGAGUCUGGAAAGAGUACAAUUGUCAAGCAGAUGAAGAUUAUCCAUCAAGAUGGGUACACAGAGGCAGAAUGUUUGGAGUUCAAAGCAAUUAUCUAUGGCAAUGUGCUUCAGUCAAUCCUGGCCAUUAUCCGUGCAAUGUCCACUCUUGGUAUUGACUACACUGACUCAAGUAAAGCGGAUGAUGGCCGUAUUCUAUGCCACCUUGCUGACUCAAUAGAGGAGGGCACAAUGCCUCUAGAACUUGUGACUGUGAUUAAAAGUCUCUGGAAGGAUGAUGGUGUACAGGCCUGUUUUGAAAGAGCAGCUGAAUUUCAGCUCAAUGACUCGGCCUCAUAUUACUUGAAUCAGCUGGAUAGGAUCACGGCAUCUAACUAUAUUCCAAAUGAACAAGAUGUCCUCCGAUCCAGAGUGAAAACUACAGGAAUCAUUGAGUCGCAGUUCUCCUGUCAAGAUCUUCAUUUCAGGAUGUUUGAUGUGGGAGGACAGAGGUCAGAGCGCAAAAAGUGGAUUCACUGCUUUGAAGGAGUUACCUGCAUUAUAUUUUGUGGGGCACUAAGUGCUUACGACAUGGUUCUGGUGGAGGAUGAGGAAGUGAACCGAAUGCACGAAUCCCUUCAUCUGUUCAACAGUAUUUGUAAUCACAAGUUCUUUGCUGCAACUUCAAUAGUCCUUUUCCUGAACAAGAAAGAUCUUUUUGAGCAGAAAAUCAAAAAAGUUCAUUUAAGCAUCUGUUUCCCGGAUUAUGACGGUGAUAACUCAUAUGAUGAUGCAGGAAAUUAUAUUAAAUUACAGUUUCUUGAUUUAAACAUGAGGAAAGAUGCCAAGGAGAUCUACGGUCACAUGACCUGUGCCACAGACACACAAAAUGUUAAAUUUGUGUUUGAUGCUGUAACUGAUAUCAUCAUCAAAGAGACACUGAAAGACUGUGGACUGUUUUAAAAGUACAUGGCAAACAACGCCUUGAGUCACUUUUACCAAGACCUUAUUUUUACACUUCCAGCUGAUGUUCCUUCCCCGAAAGGUCUGGAACAACAAGAUUUAAGGGGAGGAGGUUUCUUCAGUCGCAAUAUGGACAUUGAGAUACUAAUUGAAUAUCUGGUAGUUUAAAGGAUUCCUUGUAGACAGGCAAGAUGUUAUUCCUAGAAACACCACAUCUACAUUGCCUGGAUGAUUCAGUAUUGUAGUUAUUUUGUGUGUUAAUAGAGCAGUGACAUAUUAUGCAGCACUGUAAAGAGUACUUUACAUUGACAACAGGACCUGGUUGCCAAAAAGAGACAGCAGUCUAAAGUUCUUCCACCUAUAUUAUUACACAGAAUCAUACUAGGGCGGCAGUUGUUCAAAUACCAAUUGGCCUGCUGGCAUAUUUUGUAGUUGUAGUAGUAACCCACAUAAACACAUUUAGAAGCUUUAUUACUCUAUAUGAAUAUAGUUUCAGGGGAGUAGUCAAACCCAUGACCUUGGUGCUGCAAAGCAACUACUUGGCAAUAAUCAAUUACAUAGCUGAUCAUUACAAUAUUAAAUAUCCUUUGAGGCAGGUCGUAUUAACUGACUGAUAAAAGCACACCUGCCAUCACAAGAAACAAAUUGGAAAUUUCGUUAGAGGAUUCUUCUGGUUUGUGUGAGCUCAUGUAGCCUGACUAUUUACAGGCAAAGAUGAAUUUUAAAUAAUUCCCCAGUCAUCCAUCAAUUUUGCAGUGAAAUGUACAGCUUCUUGAAGCUGAACUCCAGGCAAACAAAUACUCAGUUUAAAUACAUAUGUAAAAGCUGUGUUGUCUACGGAAGGAUGGAAUACGAAUGGAUAAUCCUGCCAAUCCAAUCCGGAGGUUUACACAGCCUUGUUAAAGAGUACAACCAGGCUAGUGACCUUACUUUUCUAUACUGCAGUUAAACAAUAUAGCUAGACCAUUGCCAGGCCCCCAGACUAUGAAUGGAGGAUAAAGAAACAAUAGCAGACCAAUGAGGUCAUCCCUCUAGAUACACUGCUCCCUUCUGUCAGCAUAUUCCUGGUUAGCACAUGUAUAAACAACAGAUCGUUGUUGGUUUAGAGUUCUGAACUCGUUCUACAGAGUUCUUUAGUACAGCGGAUUUCAAAACUAUGAUAUGAAGUAAAAUUUUCAUAGUUUCACUACAUGCAUCUAAAAUACACGUCAUUGAUUUUUAAUAACAUAACUGCACCCAUUUUUGUUUAGAUCUGCCUGGAGUUCAUCUUUAAUUUACAUUUGCAGCCUAUUUCAAUUCCACAACCUCCUUUCCUCUAUGGGGUUCAUAAGGCUUUCUCAUAGAACAAUCUACUAUGAGUACAGGCACCACAAUCACUGGGGGAAAGAAAUCUCCAAUUGCUUAUUUAGAUCUACCUCUAUGUGUAGAGAUGAAUGGUAUUUUAUAUUAGCGAUGAGCAGAUACAAUCUCAUUCAUCACGGUGUGUUUCCUUGUGUGUUGACAUGCAUUGUUGAUGCAUGUUUAAAAUGUGUUAAAUUUAGGAUUAGAUAGAGUUAACAGCCAGUUAAUACCUGUUGCUAUUGACUUCUCAUGUGCCUCCCAAAGCACAAAGAAAAAUAAAAAAUAAAAACUGCUGAGAUGAGAAAACAAUCUACAUUCAUUUAUAUUGGGGAACUUGGACAACAUGUAUUUAAGUGCAUUGGCCCCUGAAGUAGUGAUUUCUCAUUUUAGGGCAGCAAUGGGUCACCCCUGUCUUAAUUUUUCUUUUUUAGCAUAGGUCUUCCACAGGUUCCACAAACAAAUUGAUCUAGAUGAGAUAAGGCACUGUUGCUUUGUAAACAUGUCACAUUCUUCAAAAAUCAUACGAAAAGUUGGAAGUAAAAUGCAAGGUAGAAGGUUCAAGAUAAAAGAACAGCAAAAAAAAUUCCAGGGUUGGGUGCUUGUCAAGUAAUCUAAAUGCUGUAGAAGAAUAAUAAAUAAAGAUAAA